AUGCUGACACGCAAACAACUCGACCUCCUGAUGUUCAUCAAUGAACGGCUCAAGGAGACCGGCGUCCCGCCAUCCUUCGACGAAAUGAAGGAGGCGCUGGAUUUGGCGUCGAAGUCCGGCAUCCACCGGCUGAUCACCGCGCUCGAGGAGCGCGGCUUCAUCCGCCGCCUGCCCAACCGGGCGCGGGCGCUCGAGGUGAUCAAGCUGCCCGAGGCGAUGCAGCCGAUCAACCAGGUGCGCCAGCGCUUUUCGCCGAGCGUGGUCGAGGGCGGCCUUGGCCGGCCCGCCGCCCCGUCCGUUCCCGCCGCUCCGCCGCGCGAGGCGCCCGAUGGCGCCAAUGACGAUUUCAGCGUUCCGGUGAUGGGCAAGAUCGCCGCCGGCGUUCCGAUUUCCGCGAUCGAGAACCAGACACGGUCGCUGGUCGUGCCGCCCGACAUGAUGGGCAAGGGCGAACACUACGCGCUCGAUGUCGAGGGCGAUUCGAUGAUCCAUGCCGGCAUUCUCGAUGGCGACACGGUGGUGAUCAAACGCACCGACACGGCCAAUCCCGGCGAGAUCGUCGUCGCUCUGGUCGAUGACGAGGAAGCCACCCUCAAACGUUUCCGCCGCAAGGGCGCCUCGAUUGCGCUGGAAGCGGCCAACCCAGCCUAUGAGACCCGCAUUUUCGGGCCCGACCGGGUGCGGAUACAGGGGCGGCUGGUCGGUCUCGUCCGGCGCUACUGA